UUCUCACGAGCGCCCUUGUGCCAGUACCUGCAUACCACUUCACUUCGUCACUGUGCUUUGCUCUUGAUCUCGGCCAGAAAGCAGCCACCCGGUCGUCUUUGGGAGCUUAAGCUUAGUGAUAUCCUGGAAUCCCAAGCAGAACUCCAGCUUCCCGAGGCCGCGUCGCAACCCCAAAGCCUUCUCGUGCCCCGGCUCACUGAACAUCCCGCAUUGCUGUUCAAAGAGCUAGGACAGCAAUUGGGCCACGACGACGCUCGAUAGAGACUUGCCGGAGCACAUCGCGGUCAUACUUUGAGCAUUGCAUACCUGGGGCCGCCAGUGACACCACCUCCCCCGACGAGCUCCAUAUCGCGUUUUGUCCAGCAACACCACCGUUAGCAUGUCGACACCAGGAGCCGCGGCGCGCGUGCCCGCCUGGAAACGUCUAGGUCUCAAGCUCAACAACUCUGCGGGCGGCGACCAACCCGCUUCUUCCACGCCGGCGGCGGUGUCAAGCACCAACGGCUCGGCUGUGAAGCGGAAAGCCUCCUCCUCCGGCGCGCCAACCCCAGACCAGCAGAGUGCCAAGAAAUCCAAGAAGGACGACUCUACGACGACGCCGUCCAAGAAAGUCAAGUCUGUCUCCUUCGCUGCAGAGGCGUCAUCAUCAUCAUCGGCGCCGGCCGCUGUCCCUCCAUCGGCAGAGCAGGGCCCGGCCGGCAAGGACAUUAUCCGGAACAAGCCCAAGCAGAAGCAGCAACAGCAGCCCCCAUCUAAGCAGUCAAAGCCACCCACACCCGCCGGCACCAAGAAGAAUUCCGGGCCAGCUCCGCCCAUCAACCUGGGCCCGUCGCUAGAGUACCUUCGCAAGUGGCACAGUUCUCGGGACACAUGGAAGUUCAACAAGAACCAUCAGACCAAGCUGCUGGAGCAGGUGUUUGCUGACGAGACGACAAUCCCGGCUGCCGACAUUGACAUCUUCUACGAGUACAUUCGCCCGCUCAAGGGACACGUGCGGCAGCGCCUGCGGGAGCUGGCGAAUGGCGUAAAGACCCGUGACGCCGAGCAAGGCGCCCAGGCGUUCCCCUCGACCGCGAGCAACAAGAAGGAAGCCGCCAAGAAGCAAGACGAGUAUGAGAAGGUCAUCGCGUCGUUCAUGGCCAAGGAGCGUCCCACGCCUGGCUCGAAGCCCAGAUUUCAGGAGGUCGAUUAUGUGCUGAGGACGGCAGAUAUGGAAAUGCAGCGGAGAGUGGUCAAGCGGAUGCGCGCGCAGGUCGUGUUGGACGAGCUGGCUGACGAGGAGGGCGGCGCUGGUUCGACCGCGUCCAACGAUGAGAGUUCCUCGGCCCCGAACGCCAAGUCUUCUGCCGGAGAGGACGAGGACGUGGGCCAGCGGACGAGCCUGAACGAUGGGUCGAAGCAGCGUAUCAAGCGCAAGAGGAAGACGCGGACGGCUGUCGUGGACGAGUAUGACAGCAGUAGCUCGGACGACAGUUCUUCAGACGACUCUUCCGACGACGAUGAGGGCGAGGGGGGUGCUGCCACGAAGAGCAAACCGCAGAAAGCCGUUGCGAAGAAGUCGAAGGACGACUCUUCGUCCUCGGAUUCGUCUUCGGACGAUUCCUCCGAUUCAGACUCGGAAUCCGAUAGUGAUUGAGAGGGCAGCGUGCCGCGCCUGUUCAAUGUCUACCAUUAUGCAUAUAGAUCAGCGACAUAUAUAAUGCACAUGCUUGAUUCGAGCCACA